AUGACUCGCUGCGCGCGGCGCGGGGCCGGCGACUUGGGGCUGCGGGGCGCGGAGUACCUUGACCUGGGGGGUCCCCGAAGCCGGGAGCCAGGUCGCCUAAGCGAUCUGGACGCUGGAGGAGUCCAGCCCUCCCGGGACGCUCUCGCGGUCGCGGGGACUCGUCUGGGGCGGCGGUGGCAGAGCCGGAAUACGGCGCCGCCACCGCCGGCGUCCCGUGCGCUCGCUACCCGCCCGGGGACCGGCCGCCUAACUUCUUCCCGGGACGGACACAACGCUCGCAUCCCGGGCAGAGGUGGAAGCUCGCUGAUCCGGAUCCGGCGAGGGCACCGCUCUCGGCGGCGGCGGCGGCGAGGGAACAAGUCUCGGGCAGUCAACCUAGGGCACCGAGCCCCCACCCAGGACCCGGCGGGCCCCAGCGGGCGCCGAGAGAGAUGCGCGUCUCGGGCAGAGCCAGGCGAUGUGUCUGCGGCCUGGGGCGGCGGCGUUGGGUGCUGCAGAGCCCGGGAACUUCCCACCCAGAGGAAAGGCCGCUUCAUCCCGGUCCCCGCUCUUCUCAGCGCCCCCAGGCACUGCCCAUCAGCACCGUGGGUAGGGGUGUUCAGGACUGUCAGCUGUUCUGGCGGAUCUGCUUCUGUCCUUGGGCCGGCCGGCUCCACCCCGCCUCUCGGGAUUCCGGGACAUCAGACCAUCCGGCUCCCACAGCGCCUUGUGCAGGUCGCUUCCUCCCAGCUGCCCGUGUCCUGUCCUGACUUGCCCUGCCUGAGGCCAAGUCUUACCUGGGACCUGGAAGAUCCCGGCCGUGGGCCCUGGGGGACCAGCGUUGGAGCCUGGGCUGUGCCCACGCCAGUGGGCUGGCCGCCGACCGGCUCUUUCCUGCCUGCCCUGCGGCAGCUCCAGAAGGGGGCGGGCCGGGGAAAGAAAGGGAAGGACAAGGUGGCCUGGGUUCCCUGGGUGUCCAGGAGCAACGUGGAUGGGGGGAGGGGCAGGGGCAGGAGGCUGGGCCCCCCGGGCAGGGCUGGGAGGACAUCCCUCUCCCCAGGGGACGGGGACGGCCUGUGUCUCCCUCCAGGUAACGCAGCUGCCAGCUGCCAGAGACGGAUGCUGAGACUCCCUGUGGGGUGGUCAGGGCCCCCCUGCAGGAGGGCCCCCCGGGGCUUCAGUGGGGGAGCAGGGGCAGCCCGAACACCUGGCCAAGCAUGUCGAGGAGCGGCAGGUGUGUUCAGGCCGUGCGCGUGCCCAGCCUCCCGGUGACCAGAGGCCCCAGCCCUCCAUCUCCCCAGCCCCCUCCCCGGGCCUCCUGAGGCUCUGGGGGAAUCCCAGAGGUUGUCCUGCCUCUGAGCUGCUGUGAAUGCCAUUCCCUCUGCCUCUUCCCUCCCCUGGGACCCCCCAGGCCUUGUCCUCGGCCUGCUCCACCCCCACCGUCUGCCUCCUCAUGGCCGAGGGCCGGGCACUUCUCACCACUGGUGUCGGCUGCUGCCUCUCCCAGGCCGGCCCAGCCGGGAUCCUCCGCUGUGAGGAGCCUGCCCCCAACCCCUGCGCG